GUUGCCUUCUUCUUCCUUCCACCCUCUCCUCCAUCCCUCUCACGGAAGAGAAUAAGAUAACCACCGCCAUGCUCCCCCACAUGCCCAUGCCCGAAGAAUUCAUCCCCAUGCGCCCCCGUGACCCAACGAGCCAUCGAAGCCAAUAGAUUUUCCAACCACGCAUGGAGCGAGAAUUCAAUCUUCGCGUGUGACCGGUCUCACCUGGAAUUCCUGCAAGGAUCCACCCAGGAAGAGGAACAGAGCAAUCCCAUCGCCACACAUUUCUCCCCGCUCUUCGUACGGCGGAGCCGCCAUAAACCUCCCCUAAAGCUCCCUCAUUAGCCUCUGAUCAUCAUCUGUUCCGCCAAGAAUCCCCCAAGGCAAGAGGGCCCGCUCCAAGAUCCGAUCCUUUUGUGAGUUGUUCAAUCGCAAUCCCUGUAAAUUUCCUAGGAAAGAAACCAGGGAUCGUGGACGGAGGCGGGAGACAACUUCCAUUUCCCAUCGGUUGUUGGCGUGGCUCGCCGCGGUAUUUUCUGACAAGGGGUGGGAAGGGAGGCCCGUACGGUUCUUGAUCCCGUCGAGACCCGCAGCUGUCGACGCCAAUGCAGCCGGACCCUAAAGGCCCGGGGAGGGAGAAGGCGCACGCUCGGCUGCCGCCGCCGGUGACGGCGCCGUCGGUGGGGCGGCCGGCGUCGGUGCUGCCGCACAAGACGGCGAACGUGCGCGACCACUACCGCAUCGGGAAGAAGCUGGGGCAGGGGCAGUUCGGCACGACGUACCUGUGCGUGGCCAAGGAGGACGGCGGCGAGUACGCGUGCAAGUCCAUCCCCAAGCGCAAGCUGCUGUGCCGCGAGGAUUACGAGGAUGUCUGGCGCGAGAUCCAGAUCAUGCAUCACCUGUCGGAGCACCCCAAUGUGGUUCGCAUCCGCGGCGCCUACGAGGACGCCCUCUUCGUGCACCUGGUCAUGGAGCUCUGCGCCGGCGGCGAGCUCUUCGACCGCAUCGUGGCCAAGGGCCACUACAGCGAGCGUGCCGCUGCCCAACUCAUCAGGACGAUCGUGGGGGUGGUAGAGGGGUGCCACUCGCUCGGUGUCAUGCAUCGGGACCUCAAGCCGGAGAACUUCCUCUUCGCGAGCACGGCCGAGGACGCCCCACUCAAGGCUACGGACUUUGGGCUUUCCGUCUUCUACAAGCCUGGAGAUAAAUUUGCAGAUGUUGUUGGGAGUCCCUAUUAUGUUGCACCUGAGGUGCUUCUAAAAUGCUAUGGCCCAGAAGCUGAUGUCUGGAGUGCCGGAGUAAUUCUGUACAUUUUGCUGUGUGGUGUGCCUCCGUUUUGGGCAGAAAGCGAAUCAGGAAUUUUCAAGCAGAUUUUGCGAGGUAAGCUUGACUUGGAAACUGAACCAUGGCCUAGUAUCUCUGAUAGUGCUAAAGAUCUAGUUCGUAAGAUGCUUAUCCGUGAUCCUACAAAGAGAGAGACUGCUCAUGAGGUUCUGUGUCAUCCAUGGAUUGUUGAUGAUUCUGUUGCACCUGACAAACCUAUUGAUUCUGCUGUUUUGUCAAGGCUGAAACACUUCUCUGCAAUGAACAAGCUGAAGAAGAUGGCAUUGAGGGGACCAAGCGUGUUUGUGUUCUUGCAGGUCAUUGCUGAAAGUCUAUCUGAGGAGGAGAUCGGUGGCUUAAAAGAGUUGUUUAAAAUGAUUGAUACUGACAAUAGUGGGACAAUAACUUAUGAAGAACUGAAGGAUGGCUUGAAAAGGGUGGGAUCCGAUCUAAUGGAACCUGAAAUCCAGUCUUUGAUGGAUGCGGCUGAUAUUGACAACAGCGGAUCCAUCGACUAUGGUGAAUUCUUAGCAGCUACAUUGCAUGUGAAUAAACUGGAGAGGGAGGAAAAUUUGGUGUCAGCAUUCGCAUUCUUUGAUAAAGAUGGAAGUGGCUUUAUAACGAUUGAUGAGCUCUCGCAAGCAUGCGAGAAAUUUGGCCUUUCUGACGUUCAUCUUGAGGAUAUGAUCAAGGAUGUGGAUCAAAAUAAUGAUGGACAAAUUGAUUACAGUGAGUUUGCGGCUAUGAUGAGAAAGGGCAAUGCUGGUGGCUCCAGUGGGACCAGUGGGGCUGUUGGGGCAGGAAGGAGAACCAUGAGGAACAGCCUGCAUGUGAAUCUCGGCGAAAUAUUGAGGCCCGGUGGAACCACCUAACUCGUAUGUGAGAGGGUUGUGCUUUUCAGAUACUGCUGUCUGAAGUGUUCACCUGAAUCCAUCGGAACAAGUGAUAUAGUUUGGCCACUGGGACGCUGUUGAAUUUUACUAGUAGUACUAAAUAGUUGAGCAAAGCAUACUAUGGUAUUUUUAGUCUAACAAAAAAUUAGGUGUUUAACAUGCCAUAUAAGUUUCUUAUUGUUUUAUGAUGAUAAAUUUAUGUUUGUAUCCGUAUCAACUUUUGUUGUUAAUGCACAAAUUAUUGUUGGAUUUUUGGUUAA